AUGGAUUCUGAGGACAAAUUAUCAAGACUUAUACAAGAGUCCGGAUUGUUUAACGAGAUUUCUUCUGAUGAGGAAUGGACUCCAGAUAAUUUUAAAAUAAAUGAUGCGGAUAAGAAAUUAAAAUUGUCAGGAGCAUGGUCAGCCACAAACAUAGAUAUAUAUACAGAUCUUUCGCCUUCGUGUUCUUAUAGUACGGCACACAUGGAAGUAGAACAAAAUGAAGCAUUGGAUGUCGAACUUAAUUCCCUAUCUGAGUCUAGACCUUCUGAAAACCUUGUUGAACCGUUGCAAAUUAUUGAAGAGGACCCAGUUACUGACUCUAAUAUCUCCGUUAAAAAUAUAACUGAUAGAAAAAUAAUAAGAUUGAACUGCGAAACUGGAAAUUUUGAAACAGAUUCAGAAGAAUCAGAGGUAGAAGUAGAAGAAAAAAUCAAGAAAGGAAAUAAAAGAGUUGCAAAGCCAGAGAUGUGGGAAAAAAAUAUAUCAAGGAAAAGAAAAAUACAGGAUCAUACAUUACGUGAAAUAAAUGACUGUCGCUUUCCUCGUAAAGAUAUAUGUAGCACUUGUGAAAAAUUUCAAGUAGAUAUUCAAUCUGCUGAAAUUAUGAAAGACAAGGAUAAAGUUUCAAGUUUAAAAUCGGAACGUGAAUUGCACUUGCGCAAAGGCGAAGUAUUUUUGAAAAAGUGUAGUAGUUCAGAAAAGGAAGACAAAAAUUAG